AUGUCGGUCUCCCCCCCUCAACGUCGUUCCUCGGGCUUAGCACGCUAUCUCUCUCACAGUUCAAUAACUAUCUCCACCGAUAACGUCAGCAGACGCCCGUCCAUGGGAGUUAAGCAGCGACUGACAUCGUUUAUUCUUCGUCGUCGAGAUUCUGCCGAGAUAUCCCCAUCCGAUGAUCGUAAGAGUCAUCGCAGCUACGGAGGAAGCAGUCGACGCAGUACAAAUACAAUUACGACAAACGGAAGCACGGAUGAAGACGAUGACGAAAGUUUGCCUCCCACACCGCAAACACCAGCUGACCUAUCGCGACCUGACUGGUGCCACCUUCCUAAUCAGAAACUCGAAUAUACCCCAGUAAAAAAAUCACACCUGAUCGAUACAUGUAUAUAUCACGAGGAGCCAGUGGAGGAUAAGAGCCAUAAACUAGGUCUGGCCGAUCAGGUCAAGUUAAUUCUCGGUUCGACCAUGGAGGAAGUAGACGAAUUAAUUGAACGUGAAUGGGAAGCGCACCGACGGCAAAUGCUGGAAACUUUACAAUUACCGAAACGGUGGUAUUAA